AUGCGCAAGCGCCUUCGAAAGAGACGGAACAUUCGGCUCGGCGGCAACCAGCUGUCCGCUGCACCCAGUGCGCCGCCGACGAACGACCGACCGUCCCCACGCGGAGUUACGACCUUUCGCGCGAAACGGUGGGAGUGGAACGCGAGACGCGCCCGCGACCGCGGCACACGAGCCAGUAAUCUCCCGUUCCGACGAACGGAAUAUCGAGUGCGUAGUGCGGGUGUGCCGUUUCGGAUGAUCGGAUUUCGUCAUUGUGGACGCGUGGCGAGUGCACCGACGGAAACUGGUCGCGCGGAUUUCACCUCGCUGCCGACAGCCGUC